CGUGGUGUCUUUAGGACCCAACAGGGCCAUCAUGGCUGCGCCCGUGACAGACGCCGGGGAGUUUGAAAGCUGGCUAAAUGAUCGACUAGAUUCGUUGGAGGUGGAUCGCGAGGUGUAUGGAGCGUAUAUUUUAGGGGUCUUGCAAGAAGAUGAAACUGAUGAGGAGAAGGGAGAUACAUUACAAGGAAUCCUAUCUGCGUUUUUGGACGAGGACUCACUUGAUAACGUCUGUGGAGAGAUCAUUAGACAGUGGACCGAGCGCAGUGCCCGAUCUACCUCCAAAAGCGAUGUAGAUGUUGAGGUACAGGCCAUCGCCAGCAUGAUAGAGAAGCAGGCCCAGAUUGUUGUGAAACAGAAGGAGGUGUCUGAGGAGUCCAAGAAGAGGAAGGAGGCCCUUUUGGCUCAAUAUGCCAAUAUUACAGACAACGAAGAUGAAGCUGAAGAAGAGGAAACAGCCGGUGGAGCUUGUGUACCAAGUGGUGAAAAAUCCCUGUUCAAGAACACCAACGUGGAGGAGGUCCUGAACCGGAAGAAGCAGCAGCGCGAUCAGGCUAGAGACGACUCCCAGAAGAAGAAGGAGCAGGACAAGAUGCAGCGAGAGAAGGAAAAGCUGUCCAAGCAGGAAAGAAAAGACAAGGAAAAGAAACGAACGCAGAAAGGGGAACGAAAAAGAUAAAUCUUGAGGGUGACGGUGGACAGUGACAGGGUUUUGUAAGCGGACUGUGUCUAGCCCAUCGUUGACGCAUCUGAACGUGACUUCCUGUUGAGCUUCGGAGAUUUAACUUUUCGUUCUUUGUAACAUUUUCAUACACUGCUAUACUUCUAAGAUUCUACCAAAUGUUCUCUAAAGUAUUUAGAGAUAUUUAAAGUGUUUAGAAUGCAGAUAAUUUGCAGCUCGUUUUCCACAUGAACUGGGUCAAUAAAGGAACAACUCUUUAGUUGAAGAAACAA